GUAGUGGAUUUAGCCGACCCAGAAAUCUCGAAGACGGCCUUCGAACGAACGUUGUUGAUGGAGCAGCGAACCAGAUACAACCUCGAAAUGCAUUCGCUAGUGCACAGACCACUCAAGAGACCGUCGUUAGGGGAAUUGGCGUUCUUCGCGGAUCGAUUCACAAAUCGUGUAGAAGAUGAAUAUGAAGCAGCAAAUAACGAGGAAAACAAUACUGCGAACGCAGAUCAGUCAUCAAACAAUGAUGAUGAGCCAAGCGAUGUUCCACCCGCACCUUGCGAUAACACAACACGAAGAAAGAGCAAAGUAAUGUUUGCAAAUGGGAACCAUAUAAAGCAGAAGAAAGUUGAGGAAUAUGCCGAAAUGCAUAAGGAAAUGAAAGCACUCGAUAGGCGGAAGGUCCAUAAAAUGCACACCGCAGUGCGACUGAACGAGAUAAUUAUCGAGAAUUCGUAUGACAGUCAACUUGUCCUUCUUAAUCUACCUAAACCACCGAUUCGAAAAGAGGAUAUAUCAAUCAGUUUUGCUGAAUGA